AUGUCUCUCUUCGUUCUCGCGCUCCUCGCUCGGCCGGGCGGCGGAGGGGGUGGUGCGGAGGCGUCGCCGCCGCGCGUACGCUCGCGCGGGGCGGCGCUGGAGCCCACCUGCUGGCGCCGCCACGGCAUGCAGCACCGUGGCGAUGGCGCUAAGAGAGCCAGAGAGACCUGUGGCGAGGCCCAGGGGCUUCCAAAAACCGAGCAUCUCGACGACGAGCAGCUCUCUUGCAGCGAGCAGCGGAGGAGGCGCCUGGGCGAAGGGGCCGGCGCGGCGGCUCGUGGCGCGCACACGCCCCGCUCGCCCGCGGCCGCUGUGGCAUGGCUGGCGAGAUUCAGCUUUGCCUCCUCGGCGACGUUUACGAAGCUGACCUCGCUGCUGUACUUCGGGCGCGGCGUUUGGCUCGUGCGAUGCGCGUGGCCGCGCGUGGCGUGGCUGGCCCCCGUGGCGCGCUCGACGCCCAACGCCGCGGCACGCACGCGCCGCGGAAGCUGGACGUCGAGCUGCAGCAUGGGCGGCGAAUCGCUCUUCGAUGAGGAGCUCGUCGUGCCAGUGCUGGUUGGCAAGGCGUCGGCAACGUACGCGCCGACGGGCAAGACGCUCGAUUACUUCAUCGUGAGCCUCGGCAAGCGCGGCGCCGGCGUCUACCCGAAGCUCAAGCUGGUCGACUUGCACGUGCUCGUCUCGCGAGUUCGCCUUGGUGCUCGCCUCUUCGUGAUCGGCCUUAACCCCAACGACGUGGACCACCUGCGCCAGCUACGGCCGUCGGAGGUGCUGGGCAUCUGGGAGCACGGCUACAACCAGAUCACGGAGAUGUGGGAGCCGGAGCUCGCGGCCGCCUACGCCGCGGAGCGCGUCGCAUCGCGGCGGGCCGCCGAGGCCAAGCGCCGCAAGCGAAAGCGCGCCGGCGCGUGA